AUGGAAUCGUUCAAUCAUGCGAGAAAAUGCCAUUUCGUUGAUCCACUGAGAUGGGUCAAAAGGUCUUUCAUCCCAAUUUUGACCCACAAAUGUAAGAAACGAAAGAAGUCGUGUUGGAUAGGAAAAUGUCAAUGUGACAUAAACGCUCUUCAUCAGCAUGAGUCGGAAAUGCUUCAAAUUGAAAACAAAAAAAUAUGCAGAGAGAUUGUUUGA